AUGUCAAGUGGUAGCCUUAGCGACUCAACAAACAAGUGCCUAAGUGGCAAUGUUCGAGCCUCUGCCAGCAUCUCUUCUUUCCUGGAGCCGUACCAGAAACGCAAAGAGAAUGGAACGAUAAAUGAUUGUAGGCCCACUUGUACCACCUUCCGUAUGCCUUGGCCUGACUACGCCAACUGCCAUUCAUUGGGGUCACACACGAGGCUCACUCUGGCGGAUAGUGAGUAUGUGCUCUUGAAAGGAGAGGGGGGUGAGGGCAGCAGAUGGAGACUGGAGGGGCUGCAUCAGAACCUGCCAGCCAGGACGACAAGUUGCAGAAAACCUCUUUCUUUGGCUGAACUCGUCUUUGUUGUGGAGUGA